AUGGAAGAACCUCAGAACCUUCGAUCUCUAUUUGCUGCUGCAAGGGCGGAGAAAACGGCGUUGGAGACACGCCCCGACUCCAAUACAGAUGCUUAUCGCAGUGAUGUGAUCUUAACGAUAGCCAAGCUGGAGGAGUGUCGGCGACUGGUCGGUUUGCUAUCUUUGUUCAGCUCGAACGAGCCCUUGGAAGAGGUUUCUACCGGUGAUAUCCAGUAUCUGACGGUGGAAUACCUACUUGCCGACCUCCUCCAACGUUCUUAUAACUCAGACCGCGAGGGUACUCUGCGACGUACCCUUGAUGAAUACGAUAGAUAUCUAGCGCGCUUGGAUGAUUAUGAGUUACUGGAAGAAGGAAACAAGAAGCUUUACGAGCGAUACUCGGCGAACCCCUCCACAUUCUCCUUGAUCCCGGUUAACGAUGCCGCCGUUCGGAGAGAAGUGAAGGUUUCUAGAUUCAGGGAAGAGAAAGAGCUGAAGCAAAAGCUUGAGUACCUCUCCCAGAACCAAGGCCGUCUCCAAAGCGAUGACGAUGACGUUCGAAAGCUCUACCUCGCAGAAAUAAAGCUUUACACGCACCAGACCUUCCAAUCCCUCGAUCUCAUUUCGCAAGAGCUCGCCAUGCUUUCAACCAUUCGCAAAAACCCUGAAAUCUCACAGCAAAACUCGCAAGAGGACCAAAGAAGGCGGAAGAAUGAAGAACAAUCGAGCUAUUCAGAGCGUCUAGACCCUCCCAUUUCCCAGCUUUUGAAGGGAGGUAAAUUCGGGCCGAUAUUGAGCAAGGAAGGCAAACCAAUGCAGCCCUUCACACUACUCGACCGCCGGACCCAGCUCCAGCAGGGCGUUUUCGGACCUAGCCACAAUCUUCCCACUAUGACCAUUGAGGAGUACCUUGAUGAAGAACACCGAAGAGGAAAUGUCCUCCAGGGAGGCGAGCAAUCAGGAAUGAAGCCGGAGGUUGAUGAGGAUGAUAUGGACAGGGCAGACGAAGAGACUAUGAAAGCAAGAGCCUGGGACGAAUACACAGAGGCAAACCCGAAGGGCUCUGGAAACACUUUGAAUAGAGGUUGA